AUGACCAAUUCCAGUUUCGAUCUUCGAAUCUUUGGCUCUGUUGCCAUUCUUGUUUUUGUUUGUUCUUUUCUUUUCUCCAAUGUUGUUUCUUCUCGAGCUAACACAAUAACACCAUCAAACGAUGUAGCAUCGAGCAUAUGUCCGAAAACUAGAAAUCCAUCUUUUUGCGUAGACGUGUUGAAAUCUGCAGGCAGCACAGACCUAAAAGUGUUAGCCACUUACACCCUCAACCUUACAAAUACAAAUGCAGAAAAAUCUCUAAAUUUAGCCAAGUCGCUUGCAGCAACGACGACCAAUCCUCAGCUUAAGAAUCAAUAUUUGUCUUGCUAUGAGAGCUACGAGGAAGUCAUGGGUGACAUUGAAAUUGCUAAAAGCAAUUUGGCUUCUGGUGAUUUCAAUGGUGUUAACAUUGCAACUUCGGGCAUCAUGACAGCGGUCGAUGAUUGUCAAGAUAGCUUCAAACAACCACCGAAAGAUACAUCAAUGCUUCUAAAGAAUGGGAAGACUUUAAAUGAUGUAUGUAGCAUUAUUUUAGUUAUAUCCAAUCUUCUUCCAUAG